AUGAUCGACCAAACAGGUGCUUCGGCCAUCUCGGGAGAGACGCAUUCUCUCCCGACGGCAUCCUCUGCCCCACCAGAAGCAGCCUAUGCAGAGCGGCAGCCAGAACGGGGGACACACCACCACUCACGCAAGUCUUCGUCGCACCAGGACUAUCUCGACAGCCUCGUGGUCCCGCCAGGAGACGAGCUGGCACGCAUCGCCGAGGUGCAGAGAACGCGGGAAGAGCAGCUGAAGCAGCGUUUGCGGGAUCUGCAGCGCCGACGACACAGCGUGGAAGUCAGCAGCCCGCCGACAGUGGAAGGGGUGCAUGCAGCUCCCGGUCGCAAGGGAAGCCUGGCACGGCAUAUAGGUCUGACCAACGGUCUGGACGCGAUGGCACAGUCGCGGGCGGCCAUCACGAUCCAGCGGCACUACCGCGGGUACCGUAUGCGACGCGAGAUGCAGGGCCUGUGCCUCGAUGCGAACACGCGCUGGGUGCAGGCCCUUCGGGAGCUGCAAUACCGGGAGCGGACGCGGCCCCGAGCGCGGACACAGGGGACAAUCGCCGACGAUGGCAGCAGGCAGUGGCCGCGAACGUCGGUGUCGUCGGCAGCGGCGACGGUAGUCGACACGGAGAGCACAUGCUCGAUAGGGCGCGAGCCGUCGGCAGCGCGGCGAAACUGGCGGAAGGUGACGACGAUUGCGCUGCGAGCCGGCCACGACGAAGAGUCAGACUCGGUCUCGGCCUCAGCCUCAGACACAGACGCAGGCUCGGACGUGUCCGGCUCGACGGCAGAGAAGAGGCUCGCGCGGCAGCACCGCGAAGAAGCCAAGGCGGCGCGGCGACGAGAGGCCCGCACGAUGGGCCUGCAGUACUUUCUCGAGAUGGUCGAUCCGAAGCACCGCUAUGGCGCCAACCUGCGGGUGUACCAUGAAGAGUGGAAGCGGGCCAGCACGCGCGACAACUUCUUCUACUGGCUGGACCGCGGCGAUGGCCGCCUGGUCGACAUGGUCGCCUGUCCGCGCAGCCGACUCGAGCGUGAGCAAGUGCGCUACCUUUCGCGCGAAGAGCGUCAGUACUAUCUCGUCCGCAUCGGCCCCGACGGCCGGCUCUGCUGGGCCAAGAACGGCGCCCGCAUCGACACCAGCGAGCACUUCCGCGACAGCAUCCACGGCAUCGUGGCUGUCGACGACCCGACGCCGGCCGUUCAGCUCGCCGGUGGCCAAGCCUCGGACUCGGAUUCGGAAGGCGAGGCCAUUUCCGGCCGGUCUGAGCUUGUCGGCGCCGCCCAGGCCGGCACUGUGCGCAAGAUCCGGCACGUGUCGGCGACCGCGCUGCUGGACGCGCUGCUGCGCAAGUCCGUGCAGGCAAACACGUGGAUCUUUGUCGCCGACACUAGCUUCCGGCUCUAUGUCGGCAUCAAGGACUCGGGCACCUUCCAGCACUCGUCCUUCCUGCAGGGCUCACGCAUCUCGGCCGCUGGCCUGAUCCGCAUCCACGACGGCCACCUCGAAUCGCUCUCGCCGCUCAGCGGCCACUACCGCCCGCCGACGGCCAACUUCCGCGCGUUUGUGCACUCGCUCAAGGAGGCCUACGCCGUCCUGCUCGGACUCGAGGCGUACGCGACCACGCGCCAGCAGGGCAGAAAGCUGCUGCGCCGGCUAGGACGGCACCGCCAGAGCGACGAGGUCACCGUCGAGGACGUUGCUGCUGCCCAGACGCACGGGACGGACGGAAAGACAGGCAAACAUCUGCUGCAGAGGCUGAGCCUCGGACUGCGGCCAGCGUCAAGGACCACAGACGACAAUCCCUAG